AUGGGUGCUGGUACACCAUCAUUCGGUCCAAGACAUAACAAGACACACACAAUCUGCCGCCGCUGUGGCAACCGCUGCUUCCACAUUCAGAAGGGCAAAUGCGCUAAGUGUGGCUAUCCAGACGCUACAAUGCGCCAUUAUGACUGGGAAAAGAAGGCCCACCGCAAGCGUGCUCAGGGCUCUGGCGAAAUGCGCCACCUUAAGGUUACAUUUGCUAAGCUCCAGCGUGCUUAUGCUCCAAAAUAA